AUGGGCCUGUGUGACCACAGAAGACGUGUUUGGAUACAAUAUAUUCUGUUGCUUUGUUCAUUGGGAUUGUGUUCAGGACAGUUCAUGUAUUCCGUCUCAGAGGAGGUGGAUGAAGGCACAUUUGUUGGAAAUAUCGCCAAAGACCUAAAUCUAGGCGUGCGGGAACUAGAAUCGAGAGAGAUUCAGGUAGUAACCGGAUCCAAAAGGAGGUACUUUGAUAUCGAUGUGAAGACUGGUGUUAUUUUUGUUAAUGAGAGAAUUGACCGAGAGGCCCUCUGUCCGAAUUCAGUAAAAUGCUCCUUAGAUGUAGAGGCUAUAUUGAGUAAUCCUGUGCAUAUUCAUCGAAUUGAAGUGAACAUAUUAGACAUAAAUGACAAUGCCCCAUCAUUUCGAGAGCGCAUUCACGUUAUCAAUAUGACUGAAUCUGCUUUCCCGGGUGACAGAUCUCCUCUACCGUUUGCCAGUGACGCCGAUGUGGGUAGUAACUCUUUGAAAACAUAUAAGAUGACUCCAAAUGAACAUUUUUCUCUGGAUGUACAGGGCGCUGGGGAGGAGAGUGUGUCUGCUGAGUUAGUGCUACAGAAAGCUUUAGACCGAGAGAAACAGUCUGUGAUAAAGCUGAUACUGACUGCUGUUGAUGGAGGAAAACCUCCACGCUCCGGUACUUUACAGAUAAUAAUGAACGUUAUAGAUGUGAAUGAUAAUACUCCAAUUUUCAGCAAGCCUUUAUAUAAAGUGCAAAUGACAGAAAAUGCUGCAUUUGGAACUGUGAUUCUCACCUUAAACGCAACAGACAUAGAUGAAGGGCUGAACGGUGAACUGGAAUACUCAUUCACUGGAAAAGGCGAAAAAGACAUUUAUAGUGUCUUUGAAAUCAACAAACACACGGGUGAAAUUACAGUUAAAGGGGGUUUGGAUCACGAAGAAAUUCCAGCAUUUGAAAUCCGUGUACAAGCAAAAGACAAGGGUAAUCCACCAAGGAGUGCCCAUUCUAAAGUCCUAAUUGAAAUACUUGACUUGAAUGAUAAUGCGCCCGAGAUAAUAGUGACAUCGCUUCCUGGCGCCGUCAGAGAGGAUGCGAAGAAAGGAACAGUUGUGGCGUCAAUAACUUUGCUUGACAAAGAUGGUGCUAAAAAUGGAAUGAUUAAAUCUAAUAUCAUCGGAGACGUUCCGUUUAAAUUACAGUCUUCCUAUAAGAACUAUUAUUCUUUAGUGGUAGACGGGCCUCUAGACAGAGAGAGUGUCUCUCUUUAUAAUGUAACUAUUAAAGCCAUUGAUGAAGGGACCCCACCUCUCUCCAGUACUAGUGUUAUUACUGUACACAUUUCUGAUGUGAAUGACAACGCCCCACUCUUUCCAGAGCCCAUAUUGAACUUACAUAUAAAGGAGAAUAGUCCAGUGGGGAUUAGUUUUGGCAGCGUAACAACAAAUGACCCUGAUAUCAAUGACAACUCUCAAGUGACGUAUACAUUAUCAGAAAGCAAAAUAAACUCACAUUUGUCAACAUUUCUAAGCUUAAAUUCUCUAACUGGCGAGUUUUUCAGCAUGCAGUCAUUCAACUACGAGCAGAUAAAAAUAUUUCAGUUCCAAAUUCAGGCCACCGACUCUGGUGUUCCUCCACUAAGCAGCAACGUCACUGUCAACAUUUUUAUCCUGGAUGAGAAUGACAACAGUCCUGUGAUUCUCCCGCCCUAUUCUGACCACGGUUCCGUUAAUUCUGAGAACAUUCCCUAUUCUGCUGAAGCGGGCUACUUUGUGGCCAAGAUCAGGGCUGUAGACGCAGACUCUGGUUAUAAUGCACUGCUUUCUUAUCACAUCUCUGAACCAAAGGGGACCAAUCUAUUCAGAAUUGGAACCAGCAACGGAGAAAUAAGGACUAAGAGACGCAUGAGUGACAAUGACUUAAAAACACACCCGUUGGUCAUUCUGGUGUCUGAUAAUGGAGAACCUUCCCUGUCUGCGACUGUGUCUAUUGAUGUUGUGGUUGUUGAAAGUACAGGUGACAUGACGACAACUUUCAGACAACUGCCUGUUAAGGAGGAGAAUUUCUCAGAUUUAAAUCUGUAUCUGCUCGUUGCCAUUGUGUCAGUAUCAGUGAUAUUUCUACUGAGCCUAUUCAGUUUAAUAGUUGCAAAAUGCCACAAGACAGACGGCAGUUUCAGCAGGUACAGCGCCCCAAUGAUCACCACACACCCCGACGGGAGCUGGUCUUAUUCCAAAUCUACUGAGCAGUAUGACGUGUGUUUUAGUUCUGACACACUGAAGAGUGACGUAGUAGUUUUCCCCACGCCGUUUCCACCUGCUGAUGGGGAGCUGAUCAGUAUUAAUGGAGGGGACACUUUUCAAAGGACAAGAACGCUUCCUAGGAGUGAGAAGGUAAGCUGUUGUUUUCUUUAAUGACCCCCUAUUCAAAACCAUGAUUUUAACUUGGUGUUAUCGUUGUGUUUUCGUUUCGGAUUUCCCUAUGUCUUGUUUAGUCCUAACAUAAAUGAUCUUGAUGGUAGGCUUAAAUUGGCCUUUUAGGUAACGAAAUGUGACUUGCCAGUACUAGGAAGUUAUAUUUAUUUAAGUCAUUUUCUACUAUCUAUAAUUUAGGAUAUUUGUUUUCGGAUUAUUGUAGUUGAAGAAAUAACCCUAUUAUGCGGAGUUACCCCAAGCGUCCGAUGAGCACCUUGGACAGCGACUCCGAGCAACAACUGGUUCUGCACGCGCUUAUAAGAACUCUUUGGCGAAAAAUGUAUUGUAUGCCUCCGCUUUCAUCCCAACAAAUGUACAAUUAAGUCAACGUAAUAUAUAUAUAUAUAUAUAUAUAUAUAUAUAUAUAUAUAUAUAUAUAUAUAUAUAUACAAUGCAUAUCAUUUUGGCUACUAGUCGUUAAACAGCAGAGGUCUACAUUAUUUAGUCUUUGAAUAUUUUUCCACACGGUGUCACUACAGACCAUGAAUUCUGUAUAAAAACCAUCCUCUCAGUGGACUCCGCCUCUCACAGAAUCUCAUGUGACCAGGCUCCGUGAAAUGAAAUGCUGUAAUCUGAGAAGCUAUGUUUAGUAAUAAGGGGUUUGAAAUUGGGUGACUACAGUGUUGCAUUGCUACGUGUUUGUGGAGACAAUGGCUACUUUUACAUUUUACGUCCACUCGCGGAUUUAUUUGGACUUGUUACUCCUGUGUUUCAGCAUGCGAGUAUCCUCCGAACAGAUUGUGUAUUAUAUUUCCGAGGAAGUAAACCAGGGUACGUUCGUUGGCAAUUUGGCUAAGGAUUUGAAUCUGAAUGUACAAGAUAUGGAGUCACGAAUGUUUCAGCUCGUGUCUGCAUCAAAGAAGAGGUACUUCGAUGUAAAUCUGAAAACGGGAGUCUUGUAUGUGACCGAGAGAAUCGACCGGGAGGAGCUUUGUCCAAAUGCUCGUUCAUGCUCUUUACACCUAGAGGCCAUUGUUAAUCAUCCUUUGAGCCUGCAUCGGGUCGAGAUACAUGUUGUGGACAUCAAUGACAAUUCGCCCACUUUCCCUGUGAAAGCACAAGUCUUUAAUAUAUCUGAAUCGGUGCCUCCUGGUGCUAGGUUCUCGUUGAUGAGUGCAUUGGAUCCUGACGUUGGAUCGAAUGGGGUAAAAACCUUUAUGUUGCACCCAAAUGAGCACUUUUCUUUGGAUGUACAGAGCGGUGGAGAGCAGAGUGUGUCUGCUGAGUUGGUGCUACAGAAAGCUUUAGACCGAGAGAGACAGGCGGUUAUCAAGCUAUUAGUGACUGCAACUGAUGGGGGAAAACCUGUUCGAUCCGGGACAUUGGCAAUUGUAGUUAAUGUGUUGGAUAACAAUGACAAUACACCUGUUUUUAGCAGCCCGCUUUACAAAAUACGUGUGAAUGAAAAUGCAGCUCCGGGAACUAAGAUUUUAACACUGAAUGCGACUGAUUUAGAUGAGGGUCCAAAUGGUGAGGUGUUGUAUCUAUUCAGCCUACAUGGUCAGGAAAAAAACCUGCAUACAUUUGCCAUCAAUCCCAUUUCCGGUGACAUCACCGUCAAAGGAGUCAUAGAUUUUGAAGAAAAUGCUUUUUAUGAAAUAAGGGCUGAGGCACAGGAUAAGGGACAAUCUCCAACCAACACUCAUUGUAAAGUGUUGGUUGAAGUAGUUGAUGUUAAUGACAACGUGCCAGAGAUAAGUGUCACGUCAUUGUUGCCCAAGAUGAGGGAAGAUGUUAAAACUGGCACUGUUAUAGCACUCGUUACUGUAAUAGAUAAAGAUGGAGGAAACAAUGGGAAGGUAAACUGUAGCUUAGUCGGCGAAUCCCCUUUCAAUCUUCAAACUUCGUAUCGUAAUUAUUACUCUCUCGUUCUCAACGGGGCAUUGGAUAGAGAGAGUGCCUCACAAUACAAUGUCACCAUCAUAGCAACAGAUGAAGGGACUCCUCCUCUGUCUAGCACCAGCGUUACCACGGUUUAUAUUUCUGAUGUAAAUGAUAAUGCACCACGUUUCGCAGACAGAACCCUCAAUGUGUACGUCAAGGAAAAUGCACCCGUUGGAACGCUCAUGUACACUGUGUCCGCAUAUGAUCCAGACUCUAAUGAAAAUGCCCAGGUAAAGUAUUCCGACUUGGACAACCACUCAAAGGGAGCUGUAGGUUCUCAUUUAGUCAAUAUUAACUCUUUAAGUGGUGAACUUUACAGCUUGCAAUCUUUUAACUACGAGGAGUUGAAAACGUUUGAGUUCCAAGUUCAGGCUACGGACUCUGGUGUUCCUCCACUAAGCAGCAACGUCACUGUCAACGUUUUUAUCCUGGAUGAGAAUGACAACAGUCCUGUGAUUCUCCCGCCCUAUUCUGACCACGGCUCCGUUAAUUCUGAGAACAUUCCCUAUUCUGCUGAAGCGGGCUACAUUGUGGCCAAGAUCAGGGCUGUAGACGCCGACUCUGGUUAUAAUGCGCUGCUUUCUUAUCACAUCUCUGAACCAAAGGGGACCAAUCUAUUCAGAAUUGGAACCAGCAACGGAGAAAUAAGGACUAAGAGACGCAUGAGUGACAAUGACUUAAAAACUCACCCGUUGGUCAUUCUGGUGUCUGAUAAUGGAGAACCUUCCCUGUCUGCGACUGUGUCUAUUGAUGUUGUGGUUGUUGAAAGUACAGGUGACAUGCAGACAACUUUCAGACAACUGCCUGUAAAGGAGGAGAGUUUCUCAGAUUUAAAUCUGUAUCUGCUCGUCGCAAUUGUGUCAGUAUCAGUGAUAUUUCUACUGAGCCUCAUCAUAUUAAUAGUUGUAAAAUGCCACAAGACAGACGGCAGUUUCAGCAGGUACUGCGCCCCAAUGAUCACCACACAUCCUGACGGGAGCUGGUCUUACUCCAAAUCUACUCAGCAGUAUGACGUGUGUUUUAGCUCUGACACGCUGAAGAGUGACGUAGUAGUUUUCCCCACGCAGUUUCCACCUGCUGAUGGGGAGCUGGUCAGCAUUAAUGGAGGGGACACCUUUCAAAGGACACGAACUCUGCCAAAUAGUGAGAAG